AUGAAAGCUACGGGCAAAAUAUCGUCUUGGUAUGUGGCGGAUCUUGUUCUUUCUCGUCCAGAAGCGAAAGUUCGCCAUAUUGUGGAGGCCAUCGGAACUUCGGACGUCAAUCGUGGUAGAUCAUUUGCGCAACAGUACUGCCCGAAAGAAACACCGAGGAUUUAUGGAAGCUACGAGGAAGUGUAUCAGGACCCGAAUGUCGACAUCGUCUAUAUAGGAACACCCCAUGCGUUCCACAAAAAUAAUUGCCUCGACGCGAUAGCAGCGGGAAAGCAUGUGCUUUGUGAGAAGCCCUUUACUAUCAACGCCCGCGAGGCCAGAGAGGUCUUCGAGGCAGCGAGGGAAAAAGGCGUUUUCAUCGCCGAGGCAAUGUGGCUUCGACAUCGUCCCUUGACCAUUGAGCUUCAACGGCUCCUUCAUCAAGAAAAGGCAAUUGGCGAAAUUUUCCAAGCAACUUCACACUUCGGGUCAGAGAUUGACAUUCCAAAUCUGCCGUUGGACAAAUACUACCGGCAGAACUCAAUGGGAGCUGGCUCUCUCCUCGACAUCGGCAUCUACGCACUGACAUGGAUUGUGCUCAGCCUGGACUCUGAGCUUGAGGCAGAUCGCGCAAAGCCCAAGAUAUUGGCAGCUCAGACUCACUGGGAGGACGUCGAGAUAACGUCCACCGCCAUUCUCCAGUACCCCUCCACUGGCAGGCAGGGCAUCGCCACCUCAACGACCAUGGCAAUUGGCAACCCGGAUCUCCUGGCCCGCGUCCAUGGCACCGCCGGGUCUAUCGAGGUUCAUGGCUCCUGUCCAUCGGCUCCAGAUAGCUUCACCCUUUAUCCAUCGUUCAAUAUGGGCGCAGGAGACAAAGUCUUCCGUGGCGAAGGCAAGAAAUAUGAUUUUUCAGCCCCCGGACGUGGUUUCCAAUAUCAAGCAGAUAAUAUCGCCCUGGAUGUACUCAGUGGUCGACUGGAAAGUUCAAUUGUUCCUCAGUCUGAAACGAUCCGCACGAUGGAGAUAAUGGAUGAGAUCCGACGACAGGGGGGUACACGAUACCCGUCCGAUUGA